AUGGCCAUUGAAGCCAUGCAUCUCUACCUCCUUCUGGCCAGAGUCUUCAACAUUUACAUCAAGUACUACAUGGUCAAGCUGUCUCUGAUCGGAUGGGGAGUCCCUGCUGCUGUGGUUGGAAGUUUGCUGUCGCUUCAAAGCCAUUAUUCUUUUUAUGGCAACAAAGAAAUCAAGUUAUCCAGUUCUAAUCUAACAAAUGCAUUCUGCUGGAUCACAGAGCCUCUCAUCCUGUACGGCGUGAACCUUUCCUACGUCUCUGUCGUAUUCCUAUUCAACACAGUAGUCCUGAUCACAGUGUCCAGACAGAUCUUCAAGCUGAAGCAAGUGGACAGUAAGAAUAAGUUCAAAUCCCUGAAGGAUGCCAUCACAGUGCUGGGGCUCAUGUGUCUGCUGGGUUCAUCAUGGGGCUUGGUCUUUCUUGGCUCUGGAUAUACCAACUACCCUGUACUCUACCUAUUCUGCAUUUCAAAUACAUUGCAAGGGUUUUUUAUCUUUCAGUGGACGUGCAUGACAGCAAGGCCAGAGAAAAAGAAAUCCACUCAUGUCAAGUCUUUAUCCACUGACAACAGCACCACGGAAAAAAACAAAGCAAUAGAAAAUACCUAAUAUGUAAAAUCCUGCAUCCAAACCGCAUAUAUGGGGGUGAUCAAAAUAUUCUACUGUCACUUUUUAGGACAUGCCAAGCACACUAGAUAUUGAUAGCGGACAAGGCGUAAGUGUUCAAAGCCACAGGGGACAAUUCAGGCAUAUCUUACACUCAUAAUCAUUCUUUUUUCUUGUAAUGGACAUUAUAAAUGGAUUAACAUAUGGAAGAGGGAAUAUGUCAGCUUUCUUUUCAUUCAUCAACUUUGUUUUAAAUCAGUAUAUCCACCUUUCUUCUGUAUAGAUAUUGUAUUUUGUUUGCUUUUGUGGGUUUGGGGUGACAAACCUUUUAAAAAAGAUGUAUAGAUGUAUAUAGAUUUUCAAAAAUGUAUAGAUUUAGUUUCACUAUUUAGUGUAUGGAUACGGGUUGUUGCAGAAGGAUUUAAUUUUGUACUAAUCUCGUAGCUCCUAAAUGUAAUUGAUCUUUUUUUACAAUGUACAUUUAUUAAGCUCAAUAUUUAAUUUAGUUAGCUGAAUGACAAUGAUUUGAAAAACAUUUCAUGAGAUCCACAAGUCAUUCAGUGGGAUUACUGAGUCUAUGCAAAAAUACUGACAACAUAGUGAUUCUGUCAGACGUGUACGUGGCAGAAAUAUAUUAUCUUGUUUCAUUUUAACUCCUUACAUUUCUCAUAUCUGUCAAGUUUAAACUGAUGUGGUUACAAAACUAUAACUAAAAUAAAAAGC